CUAACCAACCAAAGAAACAUCUAACACCGGACGAUUUUAAUGUUACACACAAACCGGAAAUUCGGGGCAGGGAGGCGGUGUCAAGCUUAAUUGUUUAUGUGUGAUCCCCUCAUCAACAGUCACCCCAAAUAGCGGUCUGGUUUGGUUAUUUCCAACAGAGUUCAGAGAGUCGAAAGGUAAUGCUCAGUGCAGACAGAGCUGAACUAGCGAAGAUGACCGCAGCGAGUCAAGCGGAGAGGACUGUGCUGGAGGAAGAAUUUAAUUGGCUGCUGAAAGAAGAGGUGCAUGCAGUGCUGAAGCAGCUGCAGGACAUUUUGAAGGAGGCAUCAAGGCGUUUUUCAGUGCCAUCAACAGGUCUGGAAGGACAACUGAAACAAGAGAAUUUUAUUCUGGGCAGCUCCACGAUGGACCAGGUUAAAGGGGUUUUGACACUACAAGGAGAAGCUCUGACUCAGACUGAUAUUAAUAUCAAAGUUGUUAAAAGCAGUCAAGUCAUGCAUUAUGCAUUCCGGGAUGAUAAACAGUGGAAAUUGCAGCAAAUCCAGGACGCCCGAAACCAUGUGAAUCAGGCCCUCCAGUUAUUAAGCAGCCGUGAUGAGAGCUAUCACUUUAAAACUGGAGCUGAAGUUAAUAAGCUUAUGGAUGCAGUGAUGCUUCAGCUGACCCGAGCCCGUAAUCGACUCACUACCCCAGCCAGCAUGACUCUGUCUGAGCUUGCAUCUAGUGGAUUAAUGAAAAUGUUUACACCUCCAAUGCCUGGGGAUGUGAUCGUAAACUUCUAUAUCAAUCUCAGCAAACUGUGUCUGACAGUGUACCAACUGCAUGUGCUACAGCCUAACACUACCAAGAACUUCAAAUCUGCAGGAAGUUCAGUGCUACAUAAUCCAGGAACUAUGUUUGAAUACAACAACACUAAGUUUGAGGUCAGCCAUGUCCAUAAGGUUGAAUGUGUGGUUCCCUGGCUGAAUGACACUCUGGUGUUUUUCACCAUUUCCCUGCAGCUCUGUCAACAGCUCAAAGAUAAGAUUUCUGUCUUCUCUAGUUUCUGGAACUAGACCCUUUUAAGCUAUAUCCGACCAAAGGUCCUUUGCAAGAAAUGAAUAUAAAAUGAUAUAAUUACUUUAGGAUGCACUAGGAACAAAAUAAUUCCAAGAACAAGUUACAUAAAGUAAUUUCCUUUACAAUAGGACUAUGUAUUCAGUUUAUUCAUAUUCUAAGUUUAUUGUACAGUAUGUGUACUAUAGCAGUGAUAUUGUGCUAUGUAAAAUGUGCUGAAUCCAUUCAUUUGAAAUGGGCUUGUCAGAUGAAAGUAUUCAGUGACAUUUAUUCCUUUGUGUUCAUGCAGUAUUUGUCAUUGUCAGUGUUGCUCUGUCAGUAAUCUUGCCUAUAUUUAAGCUAACCAUAGGCCUAGACUUUAGAACGGAAAUGCUACUAAAUACACAAUGCUUGGAAUUCUUAGUUCUUGUUUGUCACAAAGACUGAAAUGUUCAUGAGAGACCUCUUCAAUACAUUUUCACCAGUGUUUUUGCCUUAGUUCAUGGGAGUGUUUAACACUUGAACACUUUGGGGGGGAUAGGCAUAAUAUCAGGGACUCUCCCAUUGUGAAACAAAGUAAAAACAUCAACAUUAUUUUGCAUGAAAGACCUUCCAAUGUAACUCAACUGGGGUAUAAUUCUAUUAGAAGAGCUCUGCUGAUUAAUAACACUAAAUGACAUAUAACAAUGAAUGCUGAGGGCUUUCAGAUUGUCAUUCCAUUAAAAUACUUAUUCCUGAGGAUCUUGUGAUUUAGGGAAUCCAGUUUGGCAUUUCUAAUAAGCAUCAUUCCAUGAUUAAAUUUGUAUCUUGCUCAAUAGUUCUGAUUCUUUGACUUGAGAACGUUCAACGUUUGUGAUUGUUACAGAAAGGUUUUCUCUGUUCAUUUAAUCUUCUCAGCUUUGUGUGUUUAUUUAUUGGUAAUUUAUAUUUUAUUCUAUGCACUUAAUUAGUGUCCUCAAUGAUGUAAUGUAUGUUCAUUUCAAUACUGAUUAAAAUGUUUAAGUAUAUAUGUAUUUUCAGUGUUUAAUAUAGAAUAUUUUGUGCAAUAAAUGUAACUUAUGAACACUCUUGCAUGUGUCCC